AUGGAAGAGAGUCUUUCUCCCCAGCCACCGAUGUACUUUAACUUUAGACUUGGUCGAGACGCUCAACAAACUACCAAGUGCAUUAAAUUUGCAUUGUCUGCCUUGAACCUUAGCUUCUGUUUUCUUGGAUUAUGGGGACAUCAGGUGUGGAACUACAUCCCCCGUUUUCUAAUCUGCGCUCUGGCUAUCUACAAGGUCUUCUUCUUGUCAUACAUCGACGUUUUCCAAAAGUGUGGAAGUUUUAACUACUCUUCAGAGGCAAUGAAGCUGGCCCUACGCCAUGGCAAUGUCAUUGGCAACAUCGACUUGACGAUAUUCGCAAUGGGAUCUGUCUUCUCAUAUCUUGUUUUUGUUGGUUGCUUUAUGGCAGCCAAACGCAAAGUGUCGGCCUUAGUGACGCCAUCACAGUUAAUAAGUAAAGACAUUGAAAAGAGAGGUACGUUCGUGUUAUUUCUUGCUUUGCUGAUUUCCACCCUGUUGUUACUUUGCUCAGCACUCCUGUAUUUUAAAAUACUUCAAGACAACUUGGUAAUUGAAGAAUCAUAUUGUAAAACGCUUGUGGCAACAGGAGAAGCGGCCAAGUUCUUAUUACACUGGGUGUCAGUCGUCACUUGUCACAUCUUCGCAGUCAGUUCAUUGGCACUUGGUAGGUUCAUUCAUUCUUUUUUAUUAUUCUCUUUUAAAAUAGCUGGGUUUAAAGCAUGCUGCUGCUGUGCUUAAGUGGUUUAACUCUAUAACGAAUGUAGGACGACUUGGUUUCAGACGUCGAAUAUAAAGCUGUUACCCGUUUAUAAUUUAUGACUUGCGUUUUCAAGUCGUUUAAAAUAUUACAGUGGAACCCCGCCUUACGACCACCCCGUUUAUAAGACCACCUCGUUAUUACGGCCAUAUUCUUUCAAACCAAACGUAAAAACCAUGAGUCAUUUUAUUAUUUUGAAGACCCCGUUAAUGCGACCACCUCGUUAUUACGACCAGGAUUUUAUGGCCCAACGGUNUAUCUUGUUUUUGUUGGUUGCUUUAUGGCAGCCAAACGCAAAGUGUCGGCCUUAGUGACGCCAUCACAGUUAAUAAGUAAAGACAUUGAAAAGAGAGGUACGUUCGUGUUAUUUCUUGCUUUGCUGAUUUCCACCCUGUUGUUACUUUGCUCAGCACUCCUGUAUUUUAAAAUACUUCAAGACAACUUGGUAAUUGAAGAAUCAUAUUGUAAAACGCUUGUGGCAACAGGAGAAGCGGCCAAGUUCUUAUUACACUGGGUGUCAGUCGUCACUUGUCACAUCUUCGCAGUCAGUUCAUUGGCACUUGGUAGGUUCAUUCAUUCUUUUUUAUUAUUCUCUUUUAAAAUAGCUGGGUUUAAAGCAUGCUGCUGCUGUGCUUAAGUGGUUUAACUCUAUAACGAAUGUAGGACGACUUGGUUUCAGACGUCGAAUAUAAAGCUGUUACCCGUUUAUAAUUUAUGACUUGCGUUUUCAAGUCGUUUAAAAUAUUACAGUGGAACCCCGCCUUACGACCACCCCGUUUAUAAGACCACCUCGUUAUUACGGCCAUAUUCUUUCAAACCAAACGUAAAAACCAUGAGUCAUUUUAUUAUUUUGAAGACCCCGUUAAUGCGACCACCUCGUUAUUACGACCAGGAUUUUAUGGCCCAACGGUGGUCGCAUUAACGGGGUUCCACUGUAUAUGGUUCUUUCACUCCCGGCUUUCACUUUGGUAAGCUGGGGCUAUAUCCCGUCAAAUGGGCACUUUCAACCCGAGUGACACAGGUGUCAGUGUGGAUUAGAGAAACGUACCAUGUGGAUGAAAAAACAAAGCUAACCAGCCCUUUAUAGUAGGCUCAAUUUACCUUGAAAAUAAAAUGAAAAUAUACAUGUAUAUGUAGACUACGAGUAGUCCCACAUUUUUCCUCAGAGAUAGUAGAGCGAGCGAAACGCAAGCGAGCGUGAAAAUCAUCCCACGCGAGAAGAAGCGACACUCUCUCUCCCCGCCGCGUGGGAGACUACUCGUAGUCUAAUGUAUAUCAUAAUAAAUAAUUAAUAAUAAUUAAUAAUAUCAUAAUUGUGAAUCAUAAUAAAUAAAUACAUAAAUAAAACAAACAAAUCAAAACAAGCAGAAAUAACAUUUAAUAAUAACGUUACACUCAUAAUGUAAGACGAUUACCCAGCCCUGAAUCUAUGGUCUAACAACAGAUCCUUUUCUUUCUUUAAUUUUUAUACAGGGACUUUUGUGGACGAUGCCCUCAGAAUUAUCCGAGAGCUUCAAGACGGGACCCUUGAUGACGUCAUUAGAAUUCACGAAGACCUAUGCACAGUAGUUUUUAGCACCGUAUCAGCCUACAGUGUUUGGUUUGUAAUUCACUGGUUCACUUACGCUGCAGGCGUUCUCUUAUUUAUCGUUUGGGUAUCUACUGAAGUUGAACAACUCUUGCGGAACGGGAUUGGAAUCCCCACAGUUGUCCUGGUUUAUGACGGCUUUAUCCUUGUUUGUCUUGUUUAUUUGUUUUUACUUCCUUGUGUAUGUGCUGCUAGAAUUACAAGCUGUUGUGCUGGUAAGGUGUAGAUAAGUAGAAGAUAUACAUUUUUUUCAUGCAACCCACCUACCCCUCUCCUAAGCCAACAUUAUCACUUACUUCUCACUUAGGGCAAAAUGUUGUCCUAGGGGAGGGGUAGGUGGGCAGUUUGCGUAGUUUCUUAGCGUUUCUUGGUGUUGCGGACGGGUGCAAUCAGCAAAUGACGUUAUACAAAAGAUUAAAAAGACAAUACCCACACAACAACACAUAAGCCAACCAACAAUGGUUUCUGCAGCAGCGAAAUACCCCCAAGAGAGUCAACUAGAAGGCGUAAAGAAAGACAGGGACGAACGCUCCGUUUCAGUCUAAUAAUGUAAAUUCCCCGUUGCUAAUGUUUACUAACUUGCAGCGAUAAUAUAAUGCUAUAAGGAAUAGCACUAUGAUAAAUUAGCAGUAGGAUAAAAGCAAUAAUAUUUACUUGCGAAUAGGAAUUUUAUGCUCUCUUCUCCUGGCUUUCAUUUUGAGUAACGCAUUGUGAUGGUGUGACAUCAUCCGGGUGAAUGCCAAGGGGUCAGGGCAGUUCAUUUGAUUGUUAGCCCCUGUUAGUUAGUUGUGUUACGAGUGCAGUUAUCUAUCGAUAUCGAGGCUAUCAGCUAGCUCUUCUACUCCGAGUGCUAGAAGAAAGAAUAGCACUUUAACUAGAGGUAAUCAUUGAUUAGAGAUCCCUCGUUCGUCACUUACGGAAGCGAAAUCGAGUCGAAAGGAGUCCAGUUUCCUGGCCCGCGAGAUGACCCUAAUAAAAUUAAUACGGGGCGGCUAAUUUGCAGUCUCCCGUGAUAGCUCGAAAAGUUCUGCCUUAGUGCCACAGGAAAACCAGAUUAGGAUGCGUUCUGACCGUGAAAGUGAUAAAUUAGCGGUAGGAUAAAGUGAAUAGUGGUUCAGACGAUUAGCUUCAAAACUUGUCAUGAGGCGGCUGUACCAUGUUUUCAAUUCUAACGUUAGCUUUUACUUUUACCUUGAAGGAAUCUACGAAAAAAUUAACAGCACCACAUCUUCUGACUGGAAUGAAGGCCAUCCUUUCAGGGAUCGCAGAAACAUCGCUUUAUUCAUUACGUACGCAAAAGACAGGCGGUGCGGAUUCAGAGUCGGAAGAAUCACGUUUAAUACUUGUUUGGCGUGGAUCUCUUUCUUUUUUGGGCUCACGGCUUUGUUGUAUCACUUGUUUUAGCAUCAAAACAACGCCAUUACUUGCUUUAGUUUAUGUAAAGCUAUUUUAUCUAUUAGAUUUAAGGAUCGCUGGAACUUAAGUGUCUAUAAAUGGAGAUAACUACAUAGUACUCUCUUUUUCGAAAGAAUGUUUAUUUUCAUGCCGAAGCUGUUGACGAUGUUCUAAUGUUUCCGCCGUCACUUAAGGCUGAAAAUAUUUUUGUGAACAUUUUUAUCGCGAAGUAUUGUAAUUGCAGUUUAAAUAGACCAGGACCAGAAAUGAAACUUAUUACUGUGCUGUGAACCUAUGGGUUCAAACCCUCAAAAAACCCUUCAAAGGAGUGAAACAUAGAAUGAACAUUAUGUGAACUGCGGAAAUACAAAUUUGAAUGAAUUUCACGGGUUAAGAUGAACCCAACAAAUUCGCCUGCUUCCAAUGUAUGGGUCUCCCUGAGCUCAGUUGUUAGAGCACUGCAGCGUUAAAGCACAGGCCAUGGGUUCGAAUCCCGUUGAAGUCCCGUACAUUUUUGGGGUUAAUUUUCAAUUGCUUCAAGUAAAUAGCAAUUACCACUGCGAUGAUCAUAUCGUCAUUUAAAUUUGCAUUUCCGUUGUGCACAUCACCUUCAUUCUAUGAUAAAAGUUGGAAUUUCCAGAAUGGGCUCCUGGAAGGUAUUGUUCCUCAAACUGCAAGUAUAAUUUUGAUUUAUAAAAUCUGGAGCCCUUCUCAAUUUGAUUGCUAAAAUGAAAAGUCUAUCUAAAGUUGCAAAAGCUGGAAGCCUCAGAGAAAGAAGGAACUGAUAAGAAGGAAAAAAGUAAUGAAGAAGCCAGGUUUGAAUAUUUAAUGUUUUACUGACACUUGCAGGUUAGGAAAUAGUUUAAUUGGGUCUGUUCAAGUUACCCUUUGUCUUACUUAAUAUGAUCUAAUAUGUGCUCUGCAAAAUACAUCGNUUAAGUGUCUAUAAAUGGAGAUAACUACAUAGUACUCUCUUUUUCGAAAGAAUGUUUAUUUUCAUGCCGAAGCUGUUGACGAUGUUCUAAUGUUUCCGCCGUCACUUAAGGCUGAAAAUAUUUUUGUGAACAUUUUUAUCGCGAAGUAUUGUAAUUGCAGUUUAAAUAGACCAGGACCAGAAAUGAAACUUAUUACUGUGCUGUGAACCUAUGGGUUCAAACCCUCAAAAAACCCUUCAAAGGAGUGAAACAUAGAAUGAACAUUAUGUGAACUGCGGAAAUACAAAUUUGAAUGAAUUUCACGGGUUAAGAUGAACCCAACAAAUUCGCCUGCUUCCAAUGUAUGGGUCUCCCUGAGCUCAGUUGUUAGAGCACUGCAGCGUUAAAGCACAGGCCAUGGGUUCGAAUCCCGUUGAAGUCCCGUACAUUUUUGGGGUUAAUUUUCAAUUGCUUCAAGUAAAUAGCAAUUACCACUGCGAUGAUCAUAUCGUCAUUUAAAUUUGCAUUUCCGUUGUGCACAUCACCUUCAUUCUAUGAUAAAAGUUGGAAUUUCCAGAAUGGGCUCCUGGAAGGUAUUGUUCCUCAAACUGCAAGUAUAAUUUUGAUUUAUAAAAUCUGGAGCCCUUCUCAAUUUGAUUGCUAAAAUGAAAAGUCUAUCUAAAGUUGCAAAAGCUGGAAGCCUCAGAGAAAGAAGGAACUGAUAAGAAGGAAAAAAGUAAUGAAGAAGCCAGGUUUGAAUAUUUAAUGUUUUACUGACACUUGCAGGUUAGGAAAUAGUUUAAUUGGGUCUGUUCAAGUUACCCUUUGUCUUACUUAAUAUGAUCUAAUAUGUGCUCUGCAAAAUACAUCGCCGUAGGAUUUCAGAGGCCACCUCCUGUUUCGUAACUAAGCAACCACUAUUAAUUUAACUGCUCACCCAGUUCGUCCACGCCAAAGACCUCUCUGACAGUGUUAGCAUGGUUUAAUCUUCUGGAAAUGACUAAGGGAAC